AUUUAUGAGAAACUUCCAUUUAGCAAACACAAUUGCUAAAUCAAGAACCUUGCUUCUUUUUUUUCAGCUGAGGAUUGAAAAUGGAGGUGGUACAUGUACAACAUCGGUGGAGAUUAAGGUGGUCGUUCAAGAAUGCCACCAUUAUUGUCACUUUCGUCAAUAUAAUUGCUGCCCUUUUUAUACUUCACAGUUUCUUCUCUUCUUCUUCAUCUUCCACCACACCAUCUUCAGUUGAAAGGUAUAUAACGGAAGCAGCAGAGAUUCGUCGUGCUAUGUUGCCUGUGGAGCUAAUUAAAAGAGUGAAGGAAAUUCAGAAAGAAGGUCAUGUCGAACCAGAUCCUCUCCAACAGAAGGAUGCAAAGCAGACUGCUGCAGUAGACCUCAUAUCUAGACUGAACAAUUAUCGUUCUUAUUCUGAUUCAGGCAGCGUUAAAGUUGUGGAGGAAUGGCGUAAGCGAAAGAUGGAAAGAGCCAGACAACGCGAACUUGAGAAGAAUGGAACCACCAUCUGACAGUUCUACAUCUUUGACAAGGGUUCAAAAACGAGGCUAUUUGAUCGAUACGACUCGUAGUAUCAGUUGUAUAUGUGUACACUAUUAACAGAUAUGUCUAUCAUCAUGUAUCCAAAUUCUGCAGCACUUGGACAAUUUUAUGCCAUAUAACAUGUUCAGUUUCUAUGUGUCAAAGUCAAAUGUACUAGCAA